AUGCACAGCCGCAUCGUCGGAGGAUGGGAGGCGACAGAGGGUCAGUUCCCUUAUCAGAUCAAUAUCCGUAUGGUAGCUGCUAACGGCGGAGUAUUUUCUUGCGGUGGAUCUGUCAUACACAAGAACUGGAUUCUGACCGCUGCUCACUGCACUGCUAACCGACUCUCAUACGUGCUCCGUUUCGGAGUUGUCGAACUCAUCAGGCCAACCGCUAUCUUUGAAGAGACAGCAUCAAACAAUUUCCUUCAUCCCAACUACAACCCCAACAGCAAUUUCGUUCAGGGCGACGACAUCGCCGUGGUUAAGUUGAGCAGAGAUCUUACUUUUGGACCCACCAUCCAACCAAUCCGCUUGCAGAACUCACAACAGAUGAACAAAGACUAUACUGGUGAGGUCCUCGUUGUCAGCGGCUUUGGAUUAACUCAAGAUUCUUGGAACGGUGGCACCGCUUCCAGUGUCCUCCGCUGGGUCUACCUCCGAGGCAUCAGCAACGCUGAGUGCAGAAACUGGUACAACGCCGUCCACCCUCAAACUAUCUGCGCGUCGUACUACAACAGCACGAUUCAGUCAGCUUGCCAGGGAGACAGUGGCGGUCCAUUGACGGCUGUCGAUGAAGAUGGAGAACUGACCCAGAUCGGUAUCGUCAGCUUCGGUUCCAGCCGUGGAUGCAGCUCCAUCUUCCCCUCAGCUUUCGUCCGUCCUGGUCACUACCACAGUUGGAUUACUGAAGUUACCGGCAUCGACUUCGACUGGUCCUAGUCUGGUCCAAAUUUGUGGACAUUAAUAACGCUUGGUCACGAUACACGCAUGUCUAACUUAGGAAUAAAUAUAUGAUACAUUUUU